UCCCCCCGUUGCUAAUGCAUCGCCCACCAGACACCCGCUCCUGCAAUCUCCAAAGAAAACCAGGGGAUCGAGAGUAGUUAAGGUAUGGCAGCGGCCGCAGGUGCUAGUAGUAGUAAUGGUGGUGGUGGUGGUAGCAGCACUAGUAGUGGUCGGAAGGAGAUGGAUCGGAUAAAGGGGCCGUGGAGCCCGGAAGAGGACGAGGCGCUGCAGAGGCUGGUCGAGAAGCACGGGCCCAGGAAUUGGUCCCUUAUCAGCAGGUCCAUCCCCGGCAGGUCCGGCAAGUCUUGCAGGCUCCGGUGGUGCAACCAGCUCUCCCCUCAGGUGGAGCACCGAGCCUUCUCCCCCGAGGAGGACGCCACCAUCAUCGCCGCCCACGCCCAGUACGGCAACAAGUGGGCGACCAUCGCCCGCCUCCUCUCUGGCCGCACCGACAACGCCAUCAAGAACCACUGGAACUCCACCCUCAAGCGCAAGUGCUCCUCCCCCUCCGCCGACCCUUCCUCUUCCUCCGCCCCUUCCAUUCCUCCCCCUGCCAAGCGCUCCAACAGCUCCGGCGCUUCUGCCGCCGUCCUCUGCCUGACUCCCGGAAGCCCGUCCGGUUCCGACGUCAGCGAUUCCAGCCUCCCCCUCACCGCUCCUCCUCCUCCUCUUGCUCCUCCUCCUUCUCCAUCUCCUCCUCCUCCCCCUUCCUCUAACGUUUUCCGUCCCGUGCCGAGGGCCGCCGUCCCGCCGCCUUUUCACCUGGAAGCGACCAGCUCCACCGACGACCCCGCCACCUCCCUCAGCCUCUCCCUCCCCGGUGCUCAGCCGGAUUCCUGCGAUUCGGCUUCUGCCGGGUCUCCUGUUCCGGCCCACCAUCCGCUCCCGGCGGCGCCCCGCCGCCCGUGCGGCGGCAGCGGCGAUCUCAGCGCCUUCGGAGCGGCUUCAGAUAAGCCCUUCUCGUUCGGGCCGGAUUUCGUGGCUCUGAUGCAGGACAUGAUCGCGAAGGAGGUGCAGAAGUACAUGUCCCUGAUUCAGAUCAACGGGGGAGGGUUCGAUCCGGCGGGGUUUGGCUUGAUGAACGCCGCCGUCAAGAGGAUUGGCAUCAGCAAGUUGGAGUGAGCAAGGUGGAUUCGGAACAAAGUUGGGAUCUUUUUUCAUCGUUCUACAGUUUGGUUCUGUACAGCGAAGGACGUGGCGGUGAAGAUGACGGAAGGUCGAGAACAAGAGAUCCCCAUUGUGGGGGGUCGGCAGCAAGAUGCCGUACAUAGAUCCAGCCAUCGUCACUCAAACAUCACGCUCGAGCGUGAUGGUUUUCAGUUUCUUUCGUUUACUUUUUCCUUGUUCUUUUUCUCCUUCCUUAAUCAUUCUGAUAAGAGGAAAACCCCAGGCCUUUCAUGGCAGUACAAAGAAGAAAAAAUGAUGAAAAUUUUCCGAGCAGGAAAAUCCCCAAUAGAUCCAAGAGAAAAUAAAAGAGAAAUUGAUGCA